ACUGGUGGCAGGAAUGGCGGCUAUGAUCACUAGAGGAAGGAACCAAGAGACCCUGAAACUUUACUUCUGACGGCCCCGCAGAGGAAUGUGUUUCUAGUGAAGGGCAGAAACACCCUCCUGUAACGGAUUACAGCGAGAAGAAGUGCUGUAACGUGAGAUCACGGCGGUAGAUGUCCGGGUCGGGGAGGUGGACGCACUUUGCUAGUUAGCCUAACGUUAGUGCCACUGACUUUGAUUCAAGGUAGCUGUUAGCCCGCUGCACUACUAGCCAGCUGUUGGCUACUUGGCUUGGCUGGCCCAACAAGUUAUUAACUGUGUGAAAGCAGCCUUUAUUUAAAUCUUCGAGUCGGGAUCGGCGCUCCUGUUUGGUACACAGUAUUAGGGACGUUUACAGAGAUUGGGAUAAGGCGCGCUGGGAACAUCAUUACAACAGCUAACCUCAACGUUAGCUCGGCUUAGCUAAGUUGGGAUCCUGAAGUCUCGCCCAUUUUUUGGAUCCUGCCCCAGCCAUUGGCUAAGGGCUAAUCAACAGCCAACUUGUGUUCUUUUCAGGCUCAAUUGGUACUACGAUGGAAAGUCUAACGCUGAGUGAUGUCGAGCAGAAAUAUUACUCGGAUUUGUUCGUUUACUGUGACACGGACAACACCAAAAAAGUGGCUUCCAACGGGAGAGUUCUUGACCUUUUCCGGGCGGCCCAGCUACCCAGCGAAGUUGUCCUGCAGAUCACAGAGCUAUGUGGAGCCACUCGGCUGGGUCACUUCGGUCGGAGCCAGUUCUACAUCGCUCUGAAGCUCAUCGCCAUCGCCCAGUCAGGGCUGCCUCUGAGGGUGGAGAGCCUCAACUCGGUCAAGGAUCUACCGUUGCCAAGGUUUGUGGUGGGGAAGAACGAGGCAGAAGCGAGACAUGCUGCACUGUACCAAGAUCCCGACAGUCAGGGAUUGUACCCUGCCCCCGGUACUGCAGUAAUACCCAGGCCACCUGGCAGGGGUCACCAGAACAAGAAAGGACAUCCCUCAUCCACUUCACUUCCUGUCCAUGAGGUCAUCCAGCCCCUGGCAACUACUAUAGAACCACAGCCUGAACCAACGUCCCCAGUGGUCUCCCCUCACCAGUCUCCCCCAACCUCACCUCAUUCCUGGAGGAAGCACAAGCGGCAACACAGUGGAGGAAACGCAGAGCGACAACCUGUGGUGGCAGCAACUGGAGCCGUGUGGACGCAGUUCAGAGAACCACAAACAGGUCCAGUGGCUGGCGAUGGCAUGUGGCCGUCCCACUCACCGCCUCUUCCAGGUCAGGAGAGUUGGGUCAGUUUUACAGCAGACACGCCGCCUUCCAGCACGCUCCCAGCAAUGCACCCAUCAUCAGUCCAGGAAAGCACAACGAUACGAACAGUAGCCUCAGCUGCAACGACCAAUGAGAUCCAGCGACAGUCCAGCACGUACGAUGAUCCGUGGAAGAUCACAGACGAGCAGAGGCAGUAUUACAUUAACCAGUUUAAAACAAUUCAGCCUGACCUCACUGGCUUCAUACCUGGUUCAGCAGCAAAAGAAUUCUUCACUAAAUCAAAGCUACCGAUUUUAGAAUUGUCACAUAUUUGGGAGCUGUCAGACUUUGAUAAAGACGGAGCGCUGACCCUGGAUGAAUUCUGCGCUGCCUUUCACCUGGUUGUGGCCAGGAAGAAUGGCUACGACCUCCCCGAGAAGCUUCCUGAGAGCCUGAUGCCAAAGCUGAUUGACCUCGAUGACUCAGCAGAAGUCCCAGAGCAGACUGCUGAUGUUGGAUACUCUGCGUCACCAGUAGAGGUGACCCCCAACAAGUCUCCCUCAAUGCCUUCGCUCAAUCAAGCCUGGCCAGAGAUGAACCAGAGCAACGAGUGGGAGACGUUUAGCGAGCGCUCCUCCAGCUCACAAACUCUGACCCAAUUUGACUCUAACAUUGCACCAGCUGACCCUGACACGGCCAUCGUUCACCCAGUUCCCAUCCGGAUGACGCCCAGUAAGAUUCACAUGCAGGAGAUGGAGCUGAAGAGGACUGGCAGUGACCACAAUCAUCCUACCAGUCCUCUGCUGGCUAAACCUCCAGAACUGUCUGAAGAAGCCAAAUUACCUGCCUCCAUGAAGUUUGUAGCUGCCAACACUGUAGGUGAUGGUUACAGCAGUUCAGACUCUUUCACCUCAGACCAGGAGCCAAUCACAAGGCAGAGGUCUCAGUCGGGUACGUCCCCAGAGGCUUUGAAGGUGGUAGCCCCGCCUCCCCCUCCACCCCGCCCCCACCCCUCCCACUCUCGCUCCUCAUCUCUGGACAUGAAUCGCACCUUUGCUGCCACGUCUGCCACAGGACAACCCCAACCCUCUACGAUAGCUUACCCUCCUGCUGUGCCUCCACGGCCGCUUCCCACACAAACAUCAGUACCACUUACCGGGCAUCGCGUAGAGGCGGAGAGUAUAGCAGGGGGCGGGGCGGUGCUCACCACCACGUCCCCGCAGCAGAUUCCCCAGCAGCCCAACUUUGCAGAUUUCAGCCAGUUUCAGGCCUUUGCAGCCUCUGAGCAGCCCUCAAGCCUACCAGAGGUGGACAAACACAUUGAGCCAGGACAGGGGGACAAGCCUUCGGAGGGUGCCGGCCCCUUGAGAACAGUUAAGAGUGACGGACAAGCCGAUGAGAGACCCUCAGCUACAGUCAACUCUGGAGCCAAAGGCUCCUCCGGCCCCCUGGCUCCUCCCCCCAAACCUGUACGUCGGAGGUUGAAGUCUGAAGACGAGCUGAGGCCGGAGGAAGAGCAGCACGGUCCACAGAAAUCUAACGUCAUAGCCGCCGUCCUGGCCACUCAGCCUUCCAUUCCCAGGUCAGUUGGAAAGGACAAAAAGGCGAUUCAGGCUUCAAUCAGAAGGAACAAGGAGACAAACACUGUUUUGGCACGACUUAACAGUGAGCUCCAGCAGCAGCUGAAGGAUCUGCUUGAAGAGAGGAUAUCUCUAGAAGUCCAGCUGGAGCAGCUCAGACCCUUUUCCCAUCUUUAACCUACGUAUGGAGAGCAACUCUACUGUAGUUCAUCUGAAUCAAGGCUGUGGCCCUCGAUGCGACUCCUCCCUCCCUCCUCUCCUUUUCCUUCCAUCAAUCCCGGCUUUUCCCAGAGGCUUCAACCUGCCUCAGGGCGUUCCGUUAAAAACUGUCACGCUCAAUCACACACUGCUCAAUCGUAAACCGGACGGACCUGAGGGCACAGUCUUACCAGUGGGAGGGGAUCUUAGAAACUGGCACUUUUCACUUUUUGCUAAAGAGAGGCGAAGGUGAGGAGGAUGACGGCAAACUGAGAGGCAGAGCGCUCCAGCUCCAAGUUUGCUCUGAAGAUAAAACUGCUGGUGUCUUGAUUAAAUCACUCUCUGAAUGACUGAAGGAGAAAUGCGGAGUGUAUUUGUCAUGUUUGUGUGACUGUUUGUGCAUUUGUGUUCCUGGUGGCUGGCACCAGUAUGCUUGACUCGGCUGCACCAAACUCCUGCAGAAAAUUUAAAAAGGGGGCGAAACAGGUUGUUUUUCUUCUUUUGUGUAAGUGAACUGAGACGACCUGUAAAGGUUUUAGACCUUCGAAUAUCGUCUGAUGUCACAAACUCAAUAGGUUGGGUCUUGUUUAUUACACCGAAAUUGACAUGGAAGAGUAAAGACGGGCAAAUUGUGCUUUAAGUGAGCAUUAUAUGCUAAAACUUAUAAGUUUCUGGUUUAUAAAAAAAGGUUACAUUUUUCCUCUUUUCACUUUUUGAUCCGUGCUACUACUGUAGUGAUUUGAAGGCAUUUCUUCUUUUUGAAUCCUCAUGAAUGGUCUGUUCUGCUGAACAUGUGGCACCCAUGGCUGUCCACUAUUGUGAAAUAAUCCAAAGAACACAGAUUUUAUGGGCUUGCAAUGGGACACAUGAAGACCGAAGGAAGUCUACAGCACAAAUCAUCCGUCGGUACAUCGGUCAAUAAGCAAGUAAGGAUAAAUUUGUCUUUUUCUAAAUGGAGUUUGGUGUAGUCGCCCCUCUAUUUGUGAAACAUACUGGGCUAUCUCCAGACAGGACCUUUUGUGUGUUUGUGUGGGGCUUAAUGACUAAACCAACACGGUGAAGGCUUUUUUUUUUUUUUUUGUGACUCAUCCUGUGACAUGAACUCAGUCCACCCUUCCUCUCUUACUGCCCCUUCAAGUCUACAUGUAAACAUUUGCAUGGUUGAUGGCGUGAUGCAGUGAGUGAAAGUGCCGUGUCUUCUGUUUUUUUUUCUACAUGUUACAGUGUUUUGUUUUUUGGGAUCGUCGUGACUGAAUGGUUUCACUUUAUGCCAAAUGACUGAACUUUCACUCUUCUCUUUCACCUCCGCUCAGGCUGUGUUUGAAGAAAAAUGCACCACCUUUUCUUUCCCUGGAGUUUUCUUCAUUUAGUUUCAAACCUAGCUCUGGCUCGACAUUUCAACUUUCUUUCUAACGCUGCGGGUUUUGUUUCUUUUUUUUUUUUCGUUUUCUCUCCCAAACUUUAACUUCACCUCUAUGAGUCAAAAACAGACAUUCAUGUGAAGGGUUUGAAGAUACUCCAGCUGUUUGAUUGCAGGAAGCGGCGUUUAUGAAGAAUACAUUUGUUGCUGAUUGGGGAGAAGUUUCUCUUCAGCAAACAUGUGCACAGAUCCAAACUGAUGCAGAAGGUAGAGCUGAUUUUUGAUGAUUUAAAAAAGAAGAAAAAAACAACAACAACAACAACAACAAAACAGCUGUUUUCCAAUCGGGCAGUCAGCACUAUGCAAGAAUGGGCGAUACAUCCUCACAGACCAACUAUACCUAAGUGUUUGUACGAUGAUAGUAGCAACUAUGUGAACAGUAUACUCUGGUUUUUGUAUCGUAGCUCUUCCAGAACAUCAUCUACUGUACGUUUUGUGAUUUAUUUUUGCCUUUUUGUUGUUUUUUUUGGUGGUACUGAUGAGCAGUCCACUUCCCCGGGCUCCUGGCUCCAGAGGGAAGUAAACUCCAGAUCAGUGUUGUAUCAGGGCAGUUUCACCUGAAAUCUGUGGGUGUAGAUGAAGCUUAACUGGAGACCAGUCAACAGAAUGGGAGACCUGAAUGUCCCAACUGCACUUUGAACUGAAUCCCCCCCCCCCUUGUUCCCUCACAAUUUCUUUUAUUUGUUGUCUCCCUUUGCUUACUUUUAAUCUGCAUGUUGUCUUUCACGUGUAUUUAAAAAGAAGAUGCUUUAAGAUGAAAAAGAUAAUGAACCACUUGUUUUAUUUCUCAUGUUUUUGUUUUUUUUUUUUGUUGGGUUUUUUUUGGUUGUUGUUUUUUUUUUUUUUUUUUUGUGCCAGUGUCAUAAAAUGCCCCGUUUUUGGUCAGUGAAUUCUUCUUUUAUUAAUGAUUUAUCCUUGUGUGUUUUGUUUUGGUGAAGCAUCAGUCUUCUAAAGCCUUACUCCCCCCUGACCGGCGUUCAGGUUUCCACAGCGGCUGACUGACCUCUCUUCCUUGUUGUAUCAAGGCUCGCCUUCUUUUUUUUCUGCUGUUGAGGACGAUGAUGUAAUUGGUGUGUGUGUGUGUGUGUGUGUGUGUGUGCGUGUGCGUGCGCAUGUUGUUUCCAGACCUGGAACUAGUACCAUUUAAAACCCUGUUAAACACCUUCAUGUGGGAUUGAUUUUAUUUUGCUAGCACAACAGCUCCCUCGUCAUCCUUUAACCCAAAAGGCAAUCCAGGCAGGCAGAAGCAAUCAGUCGGUAAUGAAGUCUUUGAUGGGAUUUUGAAUGCUAUUUGCUCCCAGAUCUGUGUUGUAUAUUGUAUAUGAUACACACUUUUGGACUCAUAUGUAAAUUUGCAUUAAUUGCUGACUAACAGCGAAAGAAUAUUCUAUUUAAUUCCUUCUCUCUUGGCUGUGGGAACCCUAGAUGUUUAACUGCAUGGAUGUACUGUAUCUCUGCAGAUUCAACUAGCAGCUGUGUGAUUUUUACACAAAAAUAAAAAACGGCACAAUAUUUUAAAAA